AUGGAAUUAACAGAAGCAGUUCAAUUCCCGAAACCAAUCAACGAAUGUCUUAAUAAUAAAGUGAUUAAACUUCCUGAUGAGGAACAAAUAACACAAGAUAAAAGUAAACAUUUUAACAACAAAUCAAUGGAAAUAGCAGAAGUCGUUCCUGUUCAUAAGAAUUAUCUUAACGUAAAUACAGUAAAUAUAAUGCCUAAUAAUCAAGAAAACCAAGACAUUUUUAUGAAGAAUUUGACAAAUAAUACAAUCAUUAAGCCAAGUUUAAUGACAGAUACAAUUUAUGACAAGAAUCGUCAAGCUGCUAUUAAUAUAGAAAAUAAAUUAGAUGAAACAGAAAAGGAGAAAACAAAUAUGUUCUUAAAUAAUUCUAACGAAUUAACAGAAGCAGUUCCAAUUCAUCACAGAAUUCAUGAAUCUGAAAAUAAUAUAAAUAAAAUUGUUUGUAAAUCUACAUGUACAAGUAAAAGAUUGCCUGAUAAGCCAAUGGAGUUAACUGAAUUCACUCCAAUUCAUAAUGUUGGCAAGUUCAAUGCUACUAAUACUGACAAUAAUCUACAAGGCUUAUUACAUGAAAGAACAUCAAUAUGUAAUAAUGCAAGGAUGAAAAAUAAUAAAUGCUCAACAUUUCACAUGGAUAGUGAACUCCCUAGAUGUAGUAUUAUAAAAAACUUGGAUGCAUCAUUAGAUAAAAAUGCACUUUGUAAUACUCUUGCAUCCAAAAUAUUUCCAGUUUUUGAACAAAUUAACAAAAAUAUUUCAACAUUGCCAUCAGAACGAAAUUUCAUUGGCAAUACAAAAUCAGAUGAAAGUUUGAAAAUAAUGAAAAAUACAUCGUUAGAUAAACAUUCUGAGUUUACUACAACUAAUCGGUAUAGUAGAUCUGCAGAAAACCUACUAUAUAAAUCAACGCAUGAAACAAACAAUGAAUUAAAUAUGUCAGUCGAUACUUCCAAAAUUAAUCAUGUACAUCCAUUUAUUAAUGAAACUAACUCAGAUGUUACAAAAAAUAUUCAAACUGGCAAAUCAAUUUCUGCUUUCGAUUCGAAGAAGGAAAAUUAUAAUCCAAACGAUGAUGAAAAUACAAAGAUAUUUUUAAAUAAAUCAAUGGAACUGACAGAAGCUAUCGCUACAGGCGAUCCGUAUUUACAAGAUAAUAAAAUUAAGGAAGACUUGCAGAUAGAUUCAAGGAAUAUUUAUCAUGAUUCAUCUAUGGAAAUGACAUUAGGGUUGCCUAGUAUUUCAUCUCAACCUAAGCAUAAUAUACAUAAAGGAAAUGAUAAUGCAUUGGUCGUUAAAACUGUGCAAUUUUCUUACGAUAGACUAGACACCUUGCGAAAUACAUUAGAAGCUUCACCUGAAUUGGAAGAUGACAGAAGUGAUAACGUAAACAGUAAUAAAAAAAAUGCAAGCUGUCAACAAGUUGAACGUGAUUCUAUACAAGUUUUUCAUGAUAUUUCAAUGGAGGAUACCUUAGGACCUACAAUCUUAACGAAUUCUACAAACAACUUAACAAAAUUGAAUCACUAUACUAAUCAAAGUAUUUUAUCAAGUAACAUUGAUAUGAUGUCAAAUUCUAUAAAUGGCUCAAAAAAUUUUAACAAAGAAAAUAAUUACGAGCCUUCGAUUAGAUAUAGUAAUAGGGAAGAAUCAUUUCAUAGAAUAACAUCAGAUGAAUUAAAUACUUUAUGUGCGUCUAUGAAUUUACCAACUCUGAGAUGCUCUAGAAGCGAAUCCGUACAAAAUAACUACAUUUCAUUAUAUAAUGAUGCAAGCGUGCACAGAAAUUCAUUUAAAAAUAAUACGAAUUUUCAGCAACAACCGACACACACAAGCAAUACUUUUUCCGAAGAAAAAGAAGAUUUUAAUAAUCGUAUAGGAGCUUGCGAAAGUUUUAAUAAAGGAAGUAAUUUUCAAGUAUUUUGCGAUGCCGAUAGCGGGGAACGAGAUAAAAAUUUUUCAGCAAUACAAACGAAUCCGGUAGAUAAUUGUGUAAAAGGAAAAAAUUUCGAUUAUGAAAAAUAUCAGCAACGGUGCGAUAAAGUUACAGUUUAUCAUGAUGAUUCAAUAGAGAUGCGUAAAAAUUUAGAAUCCCCAAAUAAAUCGGUUUAUCGUAAUAAUGUUUCAGAUUAUGUUUCCAGUGUUAAUCCAUCUAUUAAAAUUGCCAAUAAUUUUCAUAACAUUAAUAAUGAAAGCAAUCGCAAGUCCAUCAAGAAGUCAGACAUGUGCUGCAAACUGUACUAG